UAAAUAGAGGCGGAACCUUUCCUGAGCGCCUCUUGUUUCACACGGACUGUUUAGAGAGUACUCGUAAAUAUCAGUAAAGAUGGCGACGCUCGUGAAGAAGCCACAUGUCGUUGUUGAAGAUGGAAAUGAGGAAGAGUAUGGAGUUUCUGAUGACAGCAUCAGUAAUGAUGGAGAGAGUGGACCAAGAAGUGAUCAGGAGGGAUCCGAUGGGGGAAGUGAUGUAGAAGACAGCGGUGAUCAGGAUGGGAAGAGUGAAGAAGAACAGAAUGGAGAUGCUGAGGAAAAUCCCAACGCUGGAUGGGCCGAAGCCAUGGCCAAAAUCCUGGGGAAAAAAACGCCAGACAGCAAACCCAGCAUCCUCCUGAAGAACAAGGAGCUGGACAAGAUCAAGGAGAAGGAGAAGAAAGAGCGUCUUGAAAAAAAGAAACAGAUUGAUAAGAAACGAACAUGGGAGAAUAUGUGCCGAGAGAAGCCUGAUGUGGUUCGAGACCGAGAGCAUGAGAGGAACCUACAAAGAGUUGCUACCAGAGGUGUGGUGCAGCUGUUCAAUGCGCUGAAGAAACAUCAGAAGAAUGUGGAUGAAAAGAUGAAGGAAGUUGGGGGUUCAGAGAGAAAGAAGUCCAAAGUUCUGUCCACCGUGUCUAAGAAGGACUUCAUUGAUGUACUUCGGGGAGCAGAUGUGGCUCACGCAUCGACCACGAAGAAGGAGAAAGUGCGGCCUGUAGAGGUGAAGGUGGAGAAUCCGUCCUGGAGCGUGUUAAAGGAUGAUUUCAUGAUGGGCGCAUCCAUGAAGGACUGGGAUAAAGAGAGUGAUGAAGAGGACAGACAUGAGCCUUCUGAAGACUACAGCAGUGAAUCGGACUGAUCCAUGUGCAUCGUGUAGUGCUUCAUACGAGUGUAUUUCCAGACCCUGCGCACAGAGAGAGAAGCCUCGACAUUACCCAGAGUUCUCAGAGGGUGGAGUAAUGAGACUGGAGUAGGGACAGACACUCAUCUGUGAUGUUGCCCUGAUCUCCUGGUAAAGCUGGGUCUUUUUUUGGAGUGCAUUGGUGAGUGCUGCAGGUUUAGCCAAACUUCAGCACUCAAUUUCUGUAUAUAG